UGCAGUAGUGGUUGGCGAACCCUCACUUGUUCGGUUAUGGCCCGAUGUCCAUACUAUGGUCAGUCCCAGAGGGUUUGUGCACAUAGUUAUCAAGAUUGACUAGGGAAAUGGAACUAAAAAGAUAGAAUGUUACUUAUCCUCAACAUGGACAUUCGCUAAGAUUCCCACAAAAUCAUCACCCACCAAUCUCGUCUGGCACUGCCAUAGAAAUGCAUGCUUUAUGACUAUGCACAACUCCGUCUGACUCAGCAUGUGCAUUGGGGUUUCACCAAUGAGAAGCCACCAGGCUCCCCAGAUCGACAUCAUGAUGUUUCUUAUCUUAUCAACGCCAAUCACUUCCACUUGCACUCAACUUUUCCCCUUUUCAUCAUCCAUACAACCACCACUGACUAUAAAAAGAGGGUCAAUAACAACCAAAAUGCAACAAUGGCCACCCACCAACCCAUUAAACGGAAACCCGUCGCCCUACCUCCCCAAGAAACAGGAGUUAUCCUCACCACCACACCACGACCACGAACCUCCAACGGAAAGACAUCAAACACAACCACCACACUAACACUGAGACCAACAACUAGCAAUGGAAGACCACCGGAACUAUACGCACCACCACCACUACCACCACCACCUUACUCCCAAAGUCCCAAUGCAGCACCCCCAAUACCAAAAUCCCCAGUUCACUUCCGACCGUCGCCCCAAACCACCCUCUCAACCCCACCCCUGCGCAAUCACAAAAGCACCCCCAAUCUUCGCAAUCCGCCAUCCACCAUCCUCCGCUCCGCAACCGACCUCCCAACCCCGGGCCCAAACGCCAUCCAAAAAGCCUACGGUGAAGUCUCCCACUUCCUAGGAGGUCUAAUCGCCCACCCAACAGAAUCAACCCGCCACUACACAAUCCUCCGCCACUCCCACGGCAUAGUCUUCUACCGCGGCAGCACGACCUCAAUCGCCGUAUCCAUUUUCUCAGAUACACCCCUCCCACAGGACAGAACAUACUUCCUCCAAAGUCGCGGCUGGACCGGGAAAACCGGCAUGAAAGCCAAAGCCCUUUUCCGUCUAACAGACGACUGGCUAGACGUGACCCCCUCAUUCGCGCUGCGCGCAAACCAAGUUUCUUCGGGCGACGAACGCGCCUGGCAAAGAGACAUUAACAAAUUCCGGAAAAAGGCACCCUCGAAACUACUAAGCCACAAACUCCGCGAGACCAUUGUUGCAAGAAUCCCCGCCGAAGCAGGCGACGGCUACUUCCAAUUGAACCUCUGCCAGUCCGCGAAGAAAAAGGUCCUCUGUUCGAGUCCCGUCUUCAGGGUGUUAAGUACUUCGCUAGACCCCAGUUCAUUACGCGGCGCAAGCCUAUCAACCAUGCCGCUCGAAGUCGGCGCAAUGGUCCUAAGUACAUACGCACAAACAGCAGCACAAGCGAUCCUUAACCCUGUCACGUCAGCAGUCUCAAAUAGAUUAUCACCCUACAAACCAGGCACAGUCACGCAAACAGCAGCAGAAACAGCAUUCUCCCUAAGCGGAGUGGAAGAUCGCGUGGCGCGCAUAAGGAAUCCCAGAGACAACGAUGAUUCAACCCCUACCGACGAGACGCAAGGUCGAGCGAGACAGAUCCAAGAAUACCAAAAGGCCGCCGCGCUAGAAAACGGCCCGCAAUCCCCCUUCCCAAUGGACUUCAAAGCGCGCAUCCAGCCCCAAACUCACGGACAAUUCGGCGACACAUCGCGGUACACACUUACCAAAGUUGCAGAUGCAGUGUUGGACAAGUUACGCGGAUACUUCCUCGCCUGGGUGCGCUAUGACCUCGAUAGGAGACCGUCAAAUUCACCUCCUAAAUCACCUGCUCAGUUCCCAAGUUCACCAUACACUCCUUACAAUCCCCAGGACACGGCAUAUCUAACCCCAUCCAAUUCCCAAGACCCCCAAUCCCAAAGCCAGAAAAGCCCCUGGUACCCAACAGUCCUAUCCAUCAACCCCCUAAACCCAUCAUACCAGGGCCGAGUAAACCUGGCGACAGCGAUGCAAAAAACAACCCUCCUCCGAUUCAUUGAUGAAAUCCACAUCCCAGCUACGGCCAGGGUGCAAGUCCGCGUGAUGUGUUUUCUGCGACCGGAUAUCCCUCCUCCGUCUCCGUCUGGUAUGACGGAGCAAGAUCUUCUGAUCGCGCGAGAAAGGGCAGCUGAGGCGGAAGUUCUGGCUGAUGCGUGUGAUAUUGAUUGUGCGCAGGGGAUUCUAGAGCAUCCGGCGUGGGGGCCGGAGGUGUUUGGUGGUCCUGAGCGGCAGGGAAGCUGGAUGGAUCGGACGAGAGAGGGGAUGGAGAAUGCAAGGACGCGAGCAGAGAAGAUGGUUGACAAAGUGCCGCUCCAUUGGAUCGGCGUCCGGUCGGCAACGGCGGAGAUGCGGGAUCGACAGCUGGAGGUUAAUGGGUUUUAUAUUGUCCGGUAGUCGAUCUGGUUCGAUGUUUGUUUGUGUAUAUUGCUUUGUAUUAUAUGUGAAUAAUUGUAUAAUAGCCAUCUAUCUUUCUAGGCAGUAAUAUGCGCACAUAGGAG